GGAUCCGAGCCCGUCGCGUAUCGUCUGCUGUACUUGUGUCGCCACAUGCAUUGUUUCUUUUCCAGAAGCGAACGACCGCGAGGUGCUUGACGCACUCAGCUGCUGCCAUUGCGACAACACAAGAUGGGUGCGCUUAGCCGUAUGAAUCUGAGGUCUUAUUUUCCUCCACUUUCAUACCGCUCUUUUAUGAGACAUUAUUUGCCUGCAUCUGGAGCUAUUUCUCACACGUUAUUUGCCGUGCAUAUUUUCAAUCCAACAUUCGUUUCCAGAGUGUUCACCGUUGGGGACCUCGCUGCCAGUAAUACGAUUCUCUUCACAGCAAACAUUGGCUUAGGCUUCUACGUAUAUUUUCGCCACCACCUCCAUCGACUCAAUCCAUGGGAUCGAGUGGAAUUCAGUGUAUUCUCGACGACUUUGUUCAAUUUUGGAAGCCUUCUAGCUGCAGUACUUAUCAAGGCAUUAAUACCUAAUAAAACACCAUCGUGGGCGCGAUGUUUAGUAGGAUCAGCCUUGAGUAUGUACUUACUGUCGAGAGCACACAAGUAUCUGCACUAUGUUGAUGAACGAGCAGUCCGAAAAACUCCAACUCCUAGAAGCAUGCGUUCACCGGCUAUCCACAUCGAGAAGAACGGUCAUUCUGUGAACGUAAAUCAACCCGAAGGAGUGACUAUUCUCGCAAAUGGCCACGAUACUCUUGUGACAGACGGUGAUGCAUCGAGCGGCUACGGUACGAUGCGCAACGGAACCUCAGUGCCGGUAUCCUGAAUCUUAGCACUGGGCCCAAAGAAAGAGGCGGGCGAUCAUCUGACGGAUCGUGCCGAAGUCUGAUCUCUGCAGUGACUGCGUUUUCAGUUGCAUUUAGCCGCAAUUUCUUUACGAACGUUUUUUUUAUAUGCUGCGUCCAACUCUAAACAGCACAAUUAUUAUGAUAUGCAUUUCAGUAAUCUUGCGUAUUUUGUGUGGUUCUGAACCGAGCCGAUGUUAAUUAAUCUAGCAUGAGAGGCCUUAGAAUUUAGAUUAAGUAGCCUUGAAACGAAAACAUUAUUUAUCUAUACGCGUCACGAACGAACUGGUAAUAUUAUGUGCUUUGACUUUGUUUUCGAAUUUCCCCUUCAAUGUGUACUUCACUUUAUCUUAUAUGCUAUAGGACGUGGAACCAUAGGACGUAGUCUUGUUAACUUUGAAUGAGAAUAUAAUCAGUGAUAUUUUAUUUCGUGAUGCGUUGAAAUGUAGCGAACAGAGUGACUCGGGACUAUUCGUUGUACAUAUCCCGGUAUCGGAUCAAAGUGCUGACAAAAUACGGCCCAUUCGCUGUUGAGAAUCUUAUUUCGUACGCUCAACUACUUAAACUUGGUUUAAAUAUGGUCGUAAAUAAAUCUAUUGAACUUCUGUG